AUGAUGGUGGAAGUGCUGGAGCUUCUGGCUUCGGACAGCCCCUGUCAAGACAGAUCGGCUUCGACGACUGCAAGCAGUACUACCAACAACAAUCACGAUUCCUCCAUCUCGGGGCUGAACCACAGCUCUACUGGGGACACCAACCACGGUGACAGCAGCGAGGAUAAUGAUACGCCGAGCAGCGGUGAGGAUAGUGGCGACCAAACCGGAAAAAGACCGUCCCAUGCAGAAUCUUGGCCGUCUAAUGACGACAACCUCGAGGAAAAGUACCCUGCAGGACACAGGAUUCAACAGGAACAGGAACCUCUAGGCGUCGUUCAGCAGAUGCAGAACUCAAUGAACGCAGGAAUGUUUGCAUUCUAUGGUGGAGACUUGGGCUUAAUUCCGUUAGCUGCUGCUGCGAGCGCACCAAUUCCACCGUCAUAUGCUGCAGCACUAAUACCGCCAAUACCAGCCCAAGUUGAAGCUCCCAUGGCUUCUCGGGAACCGACAGUUCGACGCCUUCCGUCGCCGCACAAGAAGCCAAGAGCAUCAGUCGCAACGACCAAGGAGGAGGCUCGACAGCAAAAGACUAGGAUUCAAGAACUGCAAAUGGAGCUGGCUCGUUUCCAAGAGCUCGAAUCACAAAUGACCCACUACCAACAACGUUCUGUCGAAUCGCUGGAGAAAGAACUUGAGAUUCACAGAGAUGAAGCAGCUGAUCUGUCAGAAAAAGUCAAAUCUGCAACGAACGAGGAACAGGACUGGAUCAGCGCGAUGAACACCCAAAUUCGAAAGUGA